GCAAAAAAAAAAUUAUACAUAUCUGUGGGAUACUGUAUGAUGUUUCUAUAUAUGUAUACUUCAUAUAAUGUUUAAGUGAAGUUAAACAUAUCUCCUCAAACAUUGAUCUUUUCUUCAUGGUAAAAAUAAUUCAAACUCCAAGCUUUUUGAGAACAGUACCUUACUGUUUUCUGUAGUCACUCUUCUGUACAAUAGCACACCAGAGCUUUUUUAUUGCUGUCCAUGACCAAGUAUUCAAUGAUAAACUUCUUCCCAUCCCUCCCUUGCCAUCUUCUCUGGAGCCUGUAGUAACCACUUUUGUACUGUCAACUUUAUUGAGGUUAACUUUUUUAUAUUCCACACAUGAAUGAGAUUACAGUACUUAUCUUUCUGUGCCUAACUUCUUUCACUUAACAUAAUGACCUCUAGUUCAAUCUGUAUUGUCAUGAGUGACAGGAUUUCAUUGACAGCAACAACUUUCAUGUGAGAGGAUGUGGGGAAAAGCAUUUAUAUUUAUUGAAUGCCUACUAUGCACUAGGCAAAUGGUUCUUGAGGCUAGAGACUGCUCAAGUCCAGGGACUCUCAGGCAAAGUAUGUAAUUUAAUGGGUGUAUGUGUGUGUGUGUGUGUGUGUGUAAAGUCUCAUGGGGGGUUUUGGAAACUCAGUGGAACUUCUGGUCCCUGGUUAGAAACCCCUGUGUUUGGUUUUCCAUGUAGUUAAUUCUCGUAGUAGUUCAACAAAGUGGUUGUAAUGCCUGUAUAUACAUCUUAGGAAACAAAGCUUGGAUAAACAGAUGUUAGCACAGCUAGUAUCUGACAACAGACACCUGGAUGAACACAGUGUUGGGCCUUGAUUUCCAUGCAGAAAGGAUCUUAGUUAUCCUUAAAUAUAAUACUUUCCAUUUCUCGGUCUGCUUUUAGUUCCAUCAUACACAGUACUGAGGGAAUGAUGACCAGAACUGCACGUGGCUCUAGAAACUCUCCUUCCCAAUACCUCAGGAACAGGCAAUGACAGAGGACUGGUUUUCAUUCUUAGACCAGAGCAGAGUAUGUGUACUUGGUACUUGGAGACUGUAGAUGCAGAGCCUGUCCAAAAUGUGGCCAUUCCACUCUCUUACUCAGAAAGAGAUCCUAUCCCUGGAGGCUGUAAUUUGGAGUUUGAUUUAGAUAUUGAUCCCAACCUUUACUUGGACUAUAAUUUCUUUGAAACAACAAUAAAAUUUGCCCCAGCAAACCUAGGCUACUCAAGAGGUGCAGAUCCUCCACCCUGUGAUAUUGGGAUGGGCCGGGACUUCAGGUGGAGGUUGCAGUAUGAUGUGUAUCAGUAUUUUCUACCUGAGAAUGACCUCACUGAGGAUGUGUUGUUGCAGCACCUCCAGAAGAUGGCCCAGGUGCCCCAGGUGAAGGCCAAUGCUGUCAAGGUAGUUACCCUAACAGCUAACGACAAAACAGUUGUUUCCUUCUCUACCCUCCGGGGACAAGGAGUCAUUUAUAAUGUCAUUGUUUGGGACCCAUUCCUAAAUACAUCUGCUGCUUAUGUUCCUGCUCACACAUAUGCUUGCAGCUUUGAGGCAGUGGACAAUAAUUGUGCUUCUCUUGGAAGACUGUCUACCAAAGUGUUCUUCACUCUUUUUGCCCUGCUUGGUCUCUUCAUUUGUUUCUUUGGACACAGAUUCUGGAAAACAGAAUUAUUCUUCAUAGGUUUUAUCUUCCUGGGAUUCUUCUUUUAUAUACUGAUUACAAGACUGACAUCUAUUAAGUAUGAUGUUCGCUUGCUCCUAACAGCAAUAGCUGGAAGCAUCGGUGGAACUUUUUUGGUGGCUGCAUGGUGGCGAUUUGGAAUCCUUACGCUCUGCAUGCUGUGUAUUGGACUAGUGCUGGGAUUCUUCGUAUCAACCAUGACUUUCUUCACUCCACUGGGAAACCUGAAGGUUUUUCAUGAUGAUGCUGUUUUUUGGGUGAUUUUCUCUUGUAUAGCUAUCCUCAUUCCAGUAAUUUUCAUGGGCUGCCUAAGAAUAAUGAACAUCCUGACUUGUGGAGUCAUUGGCUCAUACUCAGUGGUUUUGGCCAUUGACAGCUACAUGUACACUAGCCUUUCUUAUAUCACUUUGAAUGUCCUCAGGAGAGCACUCAACAUGGAUUUCCACAGGGCUUUCACAAAUGUGCCUUUUCAAACUAAUGAUUUUAUUGUCCUGGCAACAUGGGGGAUGCUGGCUGUCAGUGGAAUUACCUUACAGAUUGGAAGAGAAAGAAGGCAGCCAUUUCCGCCCCCCCACCCAUACAAACUGUGGAAGCAAGAAAGAGAACGCAGAAUAACGAACAUUCUGGACCCCAGCCACCACAUCCCUCCAUUGAGAGAGAGGCUGUAUGGUCGAUUAACCCAAAUCAAAGAGCUCUUCCAGAAGGAACAGCUGGCUGGAGAAAGGACACCUCUGCUUCUAUAGAUGGUCACAGGAUUGGUCAGUGUGCCUCUGCUGUGGAGUUCAUGCUUAGACUGCUUCAGCAAUACCCUGUGCAAAGUCCAGAUUGGGAUCAGGCUUUGCAUGAUAUUAUGGUGCCCUUAUUAAUACAGUGAGGGUACACAAGGGAGUUAGGAUGAUUCUAAAUGAGACCAAAAAGUUGCUGGUAGGGAUGUUUUUCCUUUUUCCAAAUACUCAAGAAAUCACCUUUUGGUUUAUAAAUAAGUGGUCAACGUAUUCCAUUAAAUAGAUAGACCUAAAAAAAAAAAGUGAUUCUUUUGUAAAGCCCUGGUUUUUAUUUUUAAUGCUCCUUAAACAGUCUUUCCCCUGCGACUAAAGUUACUUAAGUAUUAUUUGCUUCUGUGCUUAGAAAUACAGGCAUUCGGUACUGAUCCUUUGAACAUCAGAAUAUAAAAAGAGAAGUAACAUUUUGUUUUUAAAUUUAAAUCAGCAAGGUACCCCUUCUCCCCAAAGCUUAAAAAAUUUUUAAUUGUGGUAAAAUACACAUAAAAUUUACCAACUUAUUUUCAAGUGUAACGUACAGUUCAGUAGGUUCCUUUGUUUUUUGUCUAAUAUUGUUUAAAAUGGUAAUUUAAAUAGCUACAUUAUUUCUGUUAUUUGAAAAUAGGUCCACUUAUAUAGAUAAAUAGAACUUGAUGGUCUAUUUAUAUUCCAAGUAAUUGCCUGUUGUCUUUUUUCUUUGAAGGCCUGUGUUGACAGCUGAUCUUUAUUUUUAACUGCAUUAGAUGACAUAUGGGUUGUGUUUUGUUUCUAGGAAGAAAGUUGACCUUUAAUUAAUCCAUAGGGCCAUUAACAACUUUAAAAAAUUUUGUACUUCAGUUCUGUCUGCUAUGGUGUAGAGUUUUGAAUAAUUGCUUUUCUCUGUAAAGCCUUUGUGCCACCUGUGUUUUGAAGUGAUGAGGUAGUCAACAAGCACUCAAGUGUUUACAGGACCUGCUCUUGUGAUUAGGACCACUUUGGAUUCUGUAAGGAGUGUUGCCUCAGUUUGACACUCUUGUCUCCCCACAACAAAGCACCUGAAUACUUUGGGUUGCUUAUCUCCUGUGCACAGCCUUUUUCCUUACCUGUCAGGGUACUGGACUGUGAGCUGGUUUCUCUGACAUGCUUGAGUGAUACUGAGAUAGGUUAUGAUUGUAGUAUGUACAUUUGUGAAGUAACCACUAUUUAAUUGAUGCUGCUUUUUAUAGUUUCUUCAAAGUACAGUAGAUUAUUGAAGUUUCAGGUAAUUAGGAAACUCUUCAAUUUUUGCUUUUAAAAAUGUUUUGGGAAGGAUAAAACAAUGGAAAAAUAUAAAACAAACUUUUUUUUUUUUGCCUUAAAAAAUUCAACACAAGUGUCCUAUUACUAUUUAUUCUGUUAUUCUUACUGACUACAACUCAGUAACAAAAAGUACUAGUACUUUAAAAAAAAAUAAUUCACUGUAGGGAUCCUGGCUUGUACCAGAUCUUUGUACAUUCUGAAAAAGUUUGUACCAUCAGAAUGCACUGCCAGUUAAGAUGCUGAAAGGCAGAACACAGUUUGUUGGAAGGAGUUAUACAAAUUAUUUAAGAAGAUUUUAUAAUAAUUUGUAAUAAAAAGUCAGUUUAUGUGAUUUUUACAAUAAAUUCCUUGUUUGGUUUUGGUGGUACUGGAAUUUGGACUCAGGGCCUCAAACUUGAU